AUGAGUGACACCAACUCGAACGCGCACACUCAUUACAGCCUUGCUAACGAACCGGGGGAUGAUGACUGGGUACCUGGCUCGGAGUUUGGCUCGGAUUCUAGUCGUGAACCUUCCCCUGUCUCAAUGAUCAACCCAAAUGAGAACCUGCCAGUGGCACGACGCUUACAUUUGAUAGAAACUCGUCUUGAAAGUGUCAUUGGUUUUCCCGAGGGCUUCGCCAUCCAAGACCUGCCGGGAUUGGGAGGCCGCAUAACUGAACUGGAAAGAAAUCAUGUCAGACUCGCUACCAAGGUGGAAAAAAUCCCGUUGAGAUAUCGGAUAAAGCAAUUAGAGGUUUCACUUGAAAAUCUAGAACGAACCAAUCUCUUGCAUAGAAGAAUUGCCGACCUUGAAGCAUACGUGAGGAACCACAUAUCGGGCGGCGGGGCGAUGGUUUCUAGUGGAAUUAAUGGUGUGGCUGGACCACCAGCAGCGGCUCAUCCGAAUGAAGGUGUGGUCCAAGUCGGCCCAGAAAUCAGGGAAGCGGCGGAUCCUAAUGAUAGUGCGGUUCAAGUCGGCCCGGCAUCUGGAAAUGCGGCAGAUUUAAAUGGCAGUGUGGUUCAAGUCAACGAUGAACCAGCGGCCGCGGCGAAUUCGAAUGGAAAUGUGGUGCAUGCCGGCCAUGCCCGCGCAGGGACGGGUAAUUUGACUGGGCAAGUACUUCGAGUCGGUCAUGGGGCAGCAUGGGCAGUAGGUCGUAGAUUUGCACCUUGGCCAUUGGACGACGUGGGGAGAGAUGUGCCGGUCACCGAGUGCCCCGGGUCCAAUUCAGAUGGGAGUGUGGUUCAAGUCAUCUAUGAACCAGCGGCCGCGGCGAUUUCGAAUGGAAGUGCAGCUCAUGUCGGCCAUGGACCAGCAGGGGCGUGUAAUUUGACUGGAGAAGUCCUUCGAGUUGGUCUUGAAGCUGCAAGGGUGGUAGGUCCCAGAUUGGCUCCUUUCCCAUUCGAGGACCUGGUAAGAGACGUGCCAUUCACCAAGGGUCCCCGGCCCGACGAGCCCAUGAGAUCUCCAUCUGGGUCAGGCAGAGCUGACGAAAUGGAAGUGGCAUCGGAAGGAGAAAUCAUCAGCGAGACCAGAAAAAGGAGUGUAACGGAUCAAGGCAUUGAAACCCACGGUGGGAAACGACCGAAACUUGAGUAA